AUGAAGGUUCUGCGCAAGGUUAAGGGCAAGUCGCGAAUACUGAUAUUCGUGGCUGUCGUCGCCCUUCUCUCGCUCGCCCUCCGCAAGCUGAAGCAGGACACUAAGAAGCACAGGGAAAUCCUACCGUGGCACCAGGGCGGGUAUGAGGACCACCAUGGGGAUCUGGACGGCGGGUUCGUGCCGGAUCGCGGGGUACUCGGCGCGGUGGGUGCCAUGAGAGGAGGCGGCGGUCGGGAUGUCGGGGGGGAGUCCACCAGCACGAGCAAAGUGCUGGAUGAUGGAGGUGUUCGUGACGCGCCCGGGGGCAAUAGGAAUAUCGACGACAUAUCACACCUAGUAGACGACGACGACGAGGAUGUGCUCGGGGUGAAGGACGAGGCAUUCGCGGGGAUGCGGGACUCAAGGGAGAAGGCCAGCAGGUAG